GUUCGCUACCCAUGUAAAAAAAAAUACCGCGACUUUGAUGUGCACAGAAAAUGAUCGGCGCAAGUUUUUUGAGUGGAGAUAAAACACGAAAUCCACCUGUAAAAGUGUUAUCAAGUCAGUUGCGUGAGGGGAAAGAGUGUCAAACACCACAUGGGAAAUCAGAGUAUGUUAUUAGAAGACUUGGAUCAAGCACAGCGACCUCAUUACAGGUGUCAGUAGUCUGGAUGCAGGGGACUGUGGUGGAGGUCCAGUCUGAUCUCAACACCGUUCUGAUUCUGGACGAAACCGGCAACUUUCUCGUCAGUGGUGUUAACAACGUGCCAAAAGGAAAACCCUGCCUUAGUCCUGGAAAAUAUGUCAUGGUUAUGGGGGUCAUCCAGUCUCAUAGUCCAGAGCCAGUACUGCGUGCAGUGAAGAUGGCAGAUCUAUCUGAAAAUGCAUCGAUUCACAGGAGAAACUGGAUAUUUGAAGUGGAAGACCUCCAGCAGACAUUACCAUAAACCUUUUUUGUUGUUUGUUUCAUGAGACUGAUAGUGGCUUUUAUUCAUUUUGCUGCUGCACCAUGCCUUCACAAAAUUUGCACAAUAUUACAACAAGUCACAAUGAAGUGAAAUAUACACUUUUGGUGUUUUAACUGAGAAAACGUAUACAUAAUAUUUCGUUCAUCACGAAGCAGGUAACAGUAUAGCGAGAAGGUUAUGCUUUCUGAACAGCAGUAAUUAUGCAUAAUAAACUAGUUGUGCUAUAUAUGUUCUUAUUACAAAUGGAAAUGUGUUAUUACAUAAAUUAUUAUAGAGAUUAUUACAAUGUGAUUAAAAUGAUCUAGUUUUAGGGAAAAUCAAUCAGUAUUCAGACCUUUAUUAAAGACACAUAUAUAUGUAUA